AUGGCGGCGGAGCGAGGAGCGGGGCUGCGCAUCUUCCGCCAUAUAUUAAGAAGAGCAGACAAGAAUGAUGAUGGGAGACUGUCUUUUGAUGAAAUCAAAGCCUACUUUGCUGACAGAGUUCUGAGUGGAGAAGAACCGCAUGAACUUUUUCGCAGCAUUGAUACACACAUUACUGACAAUCUUGACACAGAAGAGCUCUGUGAUUAUUUUUCAAAGCAUUUAGAAGAAUAUGAAAAUGUUCUCUCUGUCUUGGAAGACUUAAACAUAACCAUACUGAAGGCAAUGGACAAAACAAAGAAAGACUAUCAGGAAGCUUCCAACCUGGAGCAGUUUGUGAUUCACUUUCUUUUGAGGGAGACACUGAACCAGCUGCAAUGAUCCCUCCAGAGCAUCUUGGAGUGUGCCAUGGAAACCAGGGAGGAGCAGACCCGGCAGGAGAGGUGAGCUCUCUUCAGCUGAGGGAAGGGGAAACCAAAUAAAUUGCAGAGCAAUUUAUUUUGAAAUAUAAAAUACAGUAAUAAACAGUCUACCAGCAACUUAGUAACAUUUCAUAAAUGUUUAUAAUUUAUAUUUUCCAAAGGUUGGAUUGAGGAAGAUAGCCAAUGGGUGAUCCAGAUAAACAGACUCCAGAAGCUAACUGAUAGACUGGAAAAGAAGGACCUAAAGCUUCAGCCAUUUGAAGAGGAAGUUUUGGAAGAAAAUGAAAAAUCUCAACACAUAAUGAUUGUUCAGCAUCAAAUGUCGGUGAUAGAAGAAAAAGUGGAGGAAUUCUGUCUUGCUCUGAAGCAGUACAUGGAAUCUGCUUCUGCUCAAGGUGGCUGCUUGCAUGUUUCCAUACAGAAGCUUCCAAGUAAUUUCCACUUCAUUGUUUAUGAGUUCUGGGAAAACAGCAAUGCCUGGAAUAGCCACCUUCAAAUGAAUUAUGGCAAGGAAUUCCAAAGAAGCAAUGUGGAUUUCUUAGAAACUCCAGAGCUCAUCACAACAAUGCUAGUCCCUGCAUCGUGGUGGGUCCUCAAUAUCAACUACAAGCCGUGGUUCCAAAUAACGUUAAUGUUGUAUUACCUUUCAUUACACUAACAUUCAUAUUGCAGUGUACAGGUGAAUUUAUGAUGUGAUAACGUUUGUUAUUAUGGAUGGGAUCUUUUCAAUUUUAUCCAUUCUAAAAUCUGGAAAACUGUGCAUUUAUUCCCUUUUCUUCUUGUGACUAGUUCAGUGAAAUGAUGCAUUCUAAAAACUGAAAUAAGACAAAUACGAAAAACUAUUUAUUUUUGUGACAGUCCAAACUGUCACAGGAAAGAAUGUUAUGAAUGUAUGACUAAAUAUUUGUGAAAAGUUUUAUUACUCUAUUAAUAAACAACUAUUACUUAA